AUGGAGGUCACCCCGUGCCCAAACCCAAAGCCUCAUUUCGUGGUCAUCCCAUGGCCAGUCACCAGCCACAUGAUUCCCAUGGUGGACAUCGGCUGCCUCCUCGCCGCGCACGGCGCCCCGGUCACGAUCAUCACCCCGCCAUCCAGCGCGCAGCUCGUCCAGAGCCGCGUGGACCGCGCCCGCGCCGGGCAUGGCCGCUCGGCGGGCAUCAGCAUCACGGUGACCGCGCUCCCGUUCCCGGGCGCCGAAGCCGGCCUGCCGGAGGGCUGCGAGAGGCUGGACCACGUCCCCUCGGUCGACCUCGUGCCCAACUUCUUCGACGCCAACGCGCAAUUCGGCGACGCCGUGGCGCGGCACUGCCGCCGCCUCCUCACGCACCGGCGGCCGAGCUGCAUCGUCGCCGGGAUGUGCAACACGUGGGCGCACGGCGUGGCGUGUGAGCUCGGCGCGCCCUGUUUCAUCUUCCAUGGCUUCGGCGCGUUCGCUCUGCUGUGCUGCGAGUAUCUGAACACGCACAAACCGCACGAGGGCAAGUCGCUGGACGAGCUCAUCGACGUCCCGGUCCUGCCGCCGCCUUUCGAGUUCAAGUUCGCCAGGAGGCAGCUGCCGCUACAGUUCCUGCCUUCCUGCUCCAUUCCGGAGCACCGCCUUCGAGAGCUCCGGGAGUUCGAGAUGGCCGUGGACGGCAUCGUCGUGAACAGCUUCGAGGAGCUGGAACACGACUCGGCCGCAUGCCUCGCGGCCGCCACGGGCAAGACCGUGCUCGCCGUCGGCCCCGUCUCGCUGUGCGGCGGCGGCGCACGCGCACCUCCUAGCCUCCUCGACUUCUGGGCCGCCAGCUCGGUCGACGAUGACUCCAGACGGUGCAUGGCAUGGCUGGACGCCAAGAAAGCCGAGUCGUCGUCGUCCGUGCUCUACGUCAGCUUCGGCAGCGCCGGCCGCAUGCCGCCGGCGCAGCUGAUGCAGCUCGGGCGGGCGCUCGUGUCGUGCUCCUGGCCUGUCCUCUGGGUCAUCAAGGGCGCGGACACGUUGCCCGACGACGUCAGCGAGUGGCUACAGUGCAACACCGACGGCGGCGACGGCCAGUGUCUCGCGGUUCGCGGGUGGGCGCCGCAGGUCGCCAUUCUGGAGCACCCGGCCGUCGGCGGCUUUCUGACGCACUGCGGGUGGGGCUCCACGCUGGAGAGCGUCGCCGCGGGCGUGCCCAUGGCCACCUGGCCGUUCUCCGCCGAACAGUUCCUGAACGAGAAGCUGAUCGUUGGCGUGCUCGGCAUCGGAGUGUCUGUCGGCGUGACGAAGCCCACGGAGGGCGUGCUGACCGGCGCCAAAGAUGGCGGCGGCGCCGGCAAGGCGAAGGCGGAUGUGUCAAUGGAGCAGGUGAAGCGAGCGCUGGAUAUGCUGAUGGAUGGAGGAGCGGAUGGGGAGGCAAGGAGGACGAAAGCUACGGAGCUGAAGGCCAAAGCGAAGUCUGCUUUGGAGCAUGGAGGAUCGUCAUAUAUGAAUCUGGAGAAGCUCAUACAAUUUGCAGCUUAG